GACUGCAUUUUUCGCUUUUGCAUCGUAAUUAAAAUAACCAACCUUAGCUUGUUAAUCACGCUAUAAUUGUUAUUAAAAUGAUUCAGUAAUCAUCGAUACAAAUCCAACAUUAAGUACCAUGGUGAAAAAUACGAAUGACAACAGUGACAUCGGUGAACCCCACCAACAGCGUCCCCAUAAAAUUCCAGUUCCCACCAACUAUCGCAGCGCAGCCAAAAUCCUCCGCUUGGUAGUUGAGGAACGGCGCAAUGUUAAAACAUUGGUCCUGCAAGACAAACAUUUCCGAAAGGGAAAAGGUCUUGCAAUUAUGGACUUGAUUCUGGUCAACUUGAAACAGAUUGACGAUCUGAUUAUUAAAACGGAACUAACGCAAAAGGAACCAAAGCUCAAUCCUUGGUUAGCGCGCGUUCUUAUCGCAGAAUUGUUAUUUGGUCGAGGCGAACUGAAGGGGGAAUCGCUGCCGGUGCAAUGUAUUCGCCGCUAUCAUGAAUCUUUAAAGGAUGCUCUCAGUAAAUCUGACGUUACUCCGGCGAAGCAACUCGAUUUUAAAGAACCUCGUUACGUACGCAUUAACGUACGCACUAGCGUAUUGGCGCAACCUGGAGCUAUUCGUUUACUGCAAGAAGAAGGAUGGAUACUGGUAGAAGAGGAAUUCGAAAAGUAUGUCGAUUUUCUGGAACGAGUCAAGAACUUAGGCGAUUCGGAGUUCAUCGUCGACUUUCACUUUAAGGAGCUGCUGGUCUUUCCACAUAGUGCUAGGAAUUAUUGGGGUCGUGCGACCGAGAUGAAACAGAAAUUUGUCUUGCAAAACAAAGCUUGUCUCUUGCCAACUUAUCUGCUAAGUCCACCCAAGAAGAGUGUCGUUCUAGACAUGUGUGCAGCUCCAGGUUUAAAAACAACUCAUUUAGCGAACCUAAUGAAGGGUAAAGGGCGUAUCUACGCAGUAGAACGGAAUACGGAAAGAUACAAGUUGUUGUGUGAGUAUUCGGCCGACUUUGGCGUUAUAAAAACCAUCAAUGAGGACUGCUUGUUGGUUGGAGAUGAACAAGCUCCGGGCGUGGAAUAUAUUUUGAUUGAUCCCAGCUGUUCGGGAUCGGGCAUGGUGGAUCGGUUAAAAUUGAAUGAGGAAAUCGACAAGCAACGGCUUUAUAAACUGGGUGGACUACAGUAUAAGUUAUUAUGCCAUGCAAUGAACGCUUUCCCGGCGGCCAAACGUAUUGUCUAUUCGACUUGUUCAAUAUAUCCUGAAGAAAAUGAAGAAAUUGUUAUGGGUGCUCUGAAGCACAACGGUCACUUCCGGCUGGCCGAUGCAAAAGCAUUGUUCGAUAAAGAAUGGUUGAACUUCGGUUCUACGGAUUACUCCGGCAUUGGAGAGCGGUGCCUCUACGCGCGACCAGAAACGGAUUUAACUAUCGGAAUGUUUGUGGCGGUGUUCGAACGUUGCGAAGAGAAUGAAUACAACGAAAUUUAUUUAGCUCAUGAAAAGCAAAAGGAAAGCUACGAAAAGCUUUCCAAAAUGGGAAAUGCUGAUUUUGGUCGCGGUAAAACUAGAAAGAGGAAGCAUAGUCAACAGAAUCAAGAAACGGAAACAGAAAUUCAAUCGGAAUGCGUAGACGAAAUGCCUAGUACCAUCGAAAAGCGUCCAGUAGAUGAUAGCACUUCAAACCCAGUUAAGAAGAAAAAGAAAAAAUCUAAAAAUAACGAUAAUGAACAGGAAGAAAAUAUAGUUACUGAUCACCACAGCAAGAUACGGAAAGUAAAAGUGAUUCCAGAAGAAACUGUUAUUGAUCAAGAAUCAGUAACUUCUGCUGUUUCUACUACAGAAAACACAGCAGAUCAAAAUGAACAUAAGAAGAAAAAGAAGAGAAAAAGGUUAGAAUACGAAACCAACGCGACACCAGAAGUGACGGAUGCUAAAUCGUUGGAAGCUAAUGAAACUGACCUCAACAACCACGUGAAGAAAAAGAAGAAAAAAGACAAGAAUGUUAAUCUUGACUGAAACGAAUCUGUUGUAAAGGUUAUGCAAUAAAACUAGUGAUGAUCCUUUGUAAUUUGUUGCAUUAACUAAUCUGGCGAGAUAUUUUAACCAAAUCUGAUUUAGCUUCAAGUUUUACCCAAAACAAUGAAAUCCAGUUCCCGUUAUAGCUUGGUUUAAUACGCGGAUCUUCCAGCUUGGUAAAAAGGAACGAACUAGGAACCUGUAAGUCUUGAUUAAAUUACCCUCCCCUUACCUGAUUUGCCGUUUUUUCUCCUUUAUGUCUUGUCUCACCCUGCAGAUACUGCAAACCCUAUGUUUCAUUACUUUCUUCUACCUUUUUCCGUCGUCUGUUGGAAAAAUUAUCGUUAUUAAAAACAACUGAAAUGUUUGACUUCAUUAAUAAGUCACCACAAAAACACGAGGGUGAUCUAUUCCAAUUAAACUCGGUUUGAUACUCUGGUCUAGGCACUUUAUUCCACAGGCUCACAGAGGCUGAGUGUACUCAUGGUUAAUAAAGUGACAUUCCAGAAAAAAAUCAUUUGUUAACCCCUCUGUCCCACGGUAGCACAGGUGAUUCAUGACUUCUGAUACUAAAAACAGCCGAUAAAAUUUUUAAGGUAUUGAAAUAUGGAUAUUUUGUUUUCUGGACGUAGUACAAAUAUUGUUUUACCAGCUGUACAUUUAUGCUUGGCGAGUUGCUUAUUAAUAGCUUUUUCAGAUGACCGAAAGCUAAACCACCCAACCACCUAUGGGGCAGAGGGGGUAAAAUUUUUCGACAGUUCAACUGAAGUUUUAUUGCACGUAGCACUUGGACUAAGUUACGAAUUCGUCUUAUUAUCGCAUUCCUGCAGAGGUGCUUUUUAAGUGUUAUCAUUGCCACGGAGCCCUCUAAAACUAUGACUGUGGAGCUAUGAAUGUAAUUUUAUUUCUGUUCAUUAACUACUAUCCCUAUCACCUAGUAGAGCCACCUAGCACGUUGAACCCCUCUAGUCCUGGUGCCGGUGGAAUUCUUAAAGAGAACAGAUUUCACUGCACAGUCGUCCGGCCUGGUUGCGACGUGGCCGGUCCACCGUAACCUCUCGAUUUUCGCCAGGUGAUACAAUGGGAAUCUCUCCAAGCAGUGCCUACAAGUUGUGGUUCAGACACCUACGCUACUAUCCGCUUUUCGUUUGUAUUCUGCCAAAAAUAGUGCGCAACGCCACGGACUACCCGUCCGAUAAGCGUAUUGCAUCGUUAGCUUGGUAUGGCGGCGUGUGCUCCUUUCUCCCUGAUCGAGCCGGCUUGCGGAAGGAACAAUAAGCUCGACUUCCAACUUGAUUGCAUCGUUGAUUCACCUUACUCGUAUCAUUGUCGGUGGUGACCCAGAGAUCGAACAGAGAGACACAUUAUCGAGCCUGACGGUCGGUACGUCGUGCGUUUACCGAUU